AGAGCGCUUGAGACACACCUGCCGGGGCGGCGAGACGGGCGGCGGCUGGGGCGCGGAGCGGGGCGCAGCCGCCUUGGCAGCGGGGAUGGCGGCCCUGGAGAAUGCCUCUCUCCAAUCCUGCAGUGCCUCAGAGCAGGAGGAGGAGGAAGAUAGCGUCUGGGAGAAGAUUGAGAGUGCACGGCACCAGCUGACCCGCUCCCUGAACCCUGCGAAGCUCACCCCGUACCUGCGCCAGUGCCGCGUCAUAGAUGAGCAGGACGAGGAGGAGGUGCUCAAUUCCUGCCGGUUCCCUUGCAAGAGCAACCAGACAGGUUACCUGAUGGACAUCCUGCGGCGCCGGGGGAAGCGAGGCUAUGAAGCCUUCCUGGAGGCCUUAGAGUUCUACUACCCAGAGCACUACACACGGCUGACAGGAAGGGAGCCAGCCCAGCGCUGCUCUAUGAUCCUGGAUGAAGAAGGCCCUGAGGGCCUAACUCAGUUCCUAAUGAUGGAGGUGAAGAAGGUGAGGGCUCAGCGGAAAGAGCACCUGCUGAAGGAACACCAGCUCCAAGUGAAAAACCAGGCAUUGGAGCAAGAGCAGGCCCGGCUGGAGCAGCGGCUGCAGGAGCUCCUGAAGGUGCAGGAGCGUUGCCAGCGGCUGAGAGAAGAGUGGGACUCCAACAGCGUGGAGCUGCUGAGGCUGAAGGAUGAGAACUACAUGAUGGCCAUGCGCUAUGCACAGCUCUGUGAGGAGAAGAACAUGGCAGUUCUGCGGAGCAGGGACCUGCAGCUGGUGGUGGACCAGCUGAAAUGCAAGGUGACCAGCCUAGAGGAGGAGUGCAGCCUGCUGCGGAAACAGGCGUCCGCACUGCCCCAGCGAGAGGCGGAGGAGCGGGGACACCCUGACGCCAUGUCUGAGCUGCAGGCUGAGAACCAGCGGCUUGCAGCAUCGCUGCAGGAGCUGCAGGGAAUGUUGCAGAAGCCUGGUGAGGACCCGGUGCCAGGCUCUGAGCAGAUCCUGCUGGAUAUCCUGGAGCACGACUGGAAGGAAGCCCAAGACGACCGGCAGGAUCUCUGCCAGAAACUCAACAACCUGCAGAAUGAGCUGCAGUGGGCUGAAGAGCUGAGGGAUAAGUACCUCCAGGAGGUGGAAGACCUGCAGCUGAAGUACAGGACGCUGCAGAAGGACUGUGAUCUCUACAAGCAUCGUAUGAGCACAGUGCUGCUGCAGCUGGAGGAGAUUGAAAAAGAGAGAGACCAGGCAAUCCAGAGCCGUGAUGGGGUGCAGCUGCAGUACUCCCAGAGCCUGAUCGAGAAGGACCAGUACCGCAAACGCGUGCGGGCCCUGGAGGAGGAGCGGGACGAGCUGCUGAGCAAGCUGAGCCAGGCUGAAGGGCAGAACAGCACACUGGAGGCACAGCUGCAGCGGUGCCAAGGCAGCCGCAGCCUCAGCAAGAUGUGCAGCUCUUCCUACUCUCUCUGCUCCAACCUCAGCAGCACCUGGAGCCUCAUAGACAACCCUACCAGCCUUACAACUGGACUUGUGGAUGCACUGGGGGGUUCUGUUAUCCCAUUCUCAGGGGAUUCGGCCAUUCAGAGCAUGGAGACGACUCCAGAAAGUGAGAAGGAAAUCAAUCGCCUUUCCACCUUCCCCUUCCCGCCUUGCAUCGGCUCCAUCCUCCGUCGGCAGCGGGAAGAUAAAUGCAUGCCCUACAAGAGCUUGUCCUGCGGCUCCUUCAGCAGCAUUGAAGAUGCAACAGGCAGUGGUUUUGCUAGUGCCUCGCUUGGGGCCUUCUCCUCUUCUUCCAGCAGCACCUAUGCCAGGGUGAAGUCAGAGAUCUGCUUGUCUACCCUUCCCAGCCGUGAGGAGGUUACCAGGAGGUCCCUGGUGGUACAGUUCACUAGCAUGGGUCACCCCAGCAGUGCCUCAUCCCAGGAGAAGAGGCUUGGAGCAGACAUCUCCAUCCUCGGAGGGAACAGGACAGGGAUUUAUGUCCAGUGGGUCAAGCCAGGCUCACAGGUUGAGGAUGCAGGACUCCGGGAAGGGUGUCGGCUCAUUGAGCUGAGGGUGCCAUCGCUGAAGGAGGAGGUACUUUCCCUGGAGAACUGCACACGGGAGGUCGCCUACCUGAGCCUGCUGCAUUGGGAUGAGCCCUCUAGUCUCAUCUUUCAGCUGGACUUGGAAGGAUACCAGCCUCUGCGGGAAGCCUUGGAAGAAGGGAAGAAGCUGUCUGGAGACUCGUUCUAUGUGCGCAUCAACCUGUCCCUCCUGGAGCCCUCAGACCCUUACGCGCUGUGCGUCAAGUGCCGCGAGAUCCUCCACGUCACAGACACCAUGCACAAGGGGCGGCUGGAGUGGUACUGCUCCCGUGUUGAUCCCUUGACCAUGAGGGACCUGGACAAGGGGACAGUACCCAACUACAGCAGGGCUCACCAGCUUUUGAAGAUCCAGGAGAAGGGCCAGAUGCCUGGGCAACAAAGAGGUCACAGAAUUAAUCUAAAAAAACGGGCCUUGGAUCAACUGCGCCUGGGGAAACCCAAACCACAGAGAAGCCCAGGAAAGCCCCAACAACAGCUGUGGCUGGACCCCUGCUCAGACUCGGACACAAACCUGAAGCCUUACAGCCUGGUGCGCCCUGUGGUGGUGCAGGCGCCCCGUCCUGUGGUGCUGUCACCUAGCUGCAUUGCACUGCGGCUCAUCAGGAACCUGCUGGACUUGCCCACUUCUCGCCUGGACUUCCACGUGUGCCUUGCAGAGAAGCUGGCAGAAGGGGAGCCCAGUUCAAAGCAUGCUCAGGAGCACCCUGUGUCUAGAGCUGCCCUGCAGGACCGGAGGCAGAGCGAGCAAAUCCGCAUGAUCCGGGAGGCGAUGGAGAAGAAUAAACACUGCCUGCUAGAGCUGGGAGUUCAGAGUGUGAGGGAUCUAAUUAGAAGUGAAAUAUACCCCAUAGUUAUCCAUGUCGAGGUCACUGAGAAGAACAUUAGAGGACUCAGGAGCUUGCUGGGCAAGGUGGGCCAGCGGGACUCAGAAGUGCUGAAGCUGUGCCGCAGUGCGGAGCAGAGCCUCCACACUCUGCCCUGCUCCUGGGCCCGUGUGGAGCCCCACGCCUGGCGCCAUGCCGAGGAGCUGCCCAAGGUGGUUCGGGGAUGCAUCUUCCAGGAGCAAACCCGCCCGCUGUGGAUCGAGGAGAGUGAUGACUGAGCUGGGGGUAGCAGAGUAGCCACUGCCAGCCACCAUCCCCAAGAGAUGUUCUUGGAGGUCCCUAGCUCCCCAGGCUCCUCUAGGUAGCAUGUCCUUCCUCCCUGAGGGGAUGCCAGCAGCAAAAGCCCCCAGGGCUAGGCUUUCUUGGCCACCAAGAGCCAGGGAGGAAUACAUGCUGCCCUCCUGCCUGAGCUGUUCAGAUAUUGGAGAGACAUCUUCCACCACCAUGGUGGAAACCACCCCGGUGGGCUGUUCACCAUCACCUUGUGCUGUCUCUCGUACCCAGAUGGAGAGCGUGGGGGAACUGUGUGGGAUCAAAUCGUGUGGGAUCACGACUCACACAUAUUUAAAACCCUUCUCCCAUCGCCUCUGCCUCCUCUGCCCUGCAGCACUGUGUGCUCUGGGUCCCCUCCUCCCCUGUCUACCUCGCCUCCAGGCCCUGCGGUGCAGGGACCAUGGUUCAGGAGCCCAGUGCCCCACUGGAGUGACACUAAGCUUGCAAUGAAGCCUGAUUUUAUAGAAGCUGUGCUCUUUAUUGCUUGUAAAUUAUUAAUAGAGCCUUUUAUUGGCAAACCACACAUAAAGGAGAAUUAAAUACCAUUCAUAACGGCAA